GGGACCAUAACACUUUCUGGCACGGCGUUGGCUGAAUUCAAGUUUUAAACAACCCAAAAAUACGGUCGUAUUUUUUCAAAACAACGUGGAGCCUCAUGGUCUUCGUCGUCGUCGUCAAUGUCCCUGUAAAUUAAUCACCCUCUCUUUUUCUCUCUCCUCAAUUCCUACGCAGGGCUACGAACUUCGCAUCUCGCUGAUUUCGAACCCUAAAACUCCGAUUUCGUUGCUAGAUCCAUCAAUUCAUCGAUCGCCAUCGGUGAUUUGGUUAUUUUUUGGAAAUUUGAGAGAAAUUGUACAAAAUGUUUCGCGCUCCGGCAACAGUUGAGGAACAAUUGAUUUUGAAAGCUAUAAAGGAGGAGUGUCCAUGGGAGAGUUUACCUAAACGGUUGCAAUCUACUCUGUCUUCUAAAGAGGAAUGGCAUAAAAGGGUGAUUGAACAUUGCAUAAAAAAGAGACUCCAGUGGAAUACAUGUUUUGCUCGCAAAGUUAUUAAAGAAAGCGAAUACUACGAGGAGAUGAUGCGGUAUCUACGGAGACAUCUUGCGUUGUUCCCUUAUCACCUCUCAGAAUAUGUAUGUCGAGUAAUGAGGGUAUCUCCUUUCCGAUAUUACUGUGAUAUAAUAUUUGAAGUUAUGAAAAAUGAACAACCUUAUGACAGCAUUCCAAAUUUUAGUGCAGCAGAUGCAUUACGGAUAACAGGAAUUGGGAGGAAUGAGUUCAUUGAUAUAAUGAACAAAUGUAGAUCUAAGAAAUUCAUGUGGAAAAUAAACAAGUCAAUUGCAAAAGAACAACUACCGGCACAGCCAGUGGAUUUUCCAAUCGAGCCUUGGUGGGGAGUUUGUCUUGUCAACUUUACUCUUGAAGAAUUUAAGAAACUUUCAGACGAAGAAAUGGCAAUGAUUGAUAAAGUUUGCAAGGAGGAAGCCAACUCAUACGUUCUUUUUAAUCCUGACAUUAUAAAGGGGCUAUACCGGCGGGGUUUAAUAUAUUUUGAUGUUCCUGUAUAUUCGGAUGACCGGUUCAAAGUGUCUAGGUUGGAGGGCUUUGUUUCAAAUAGGGAGCAGUCCUAUGAAGAUCCUAUUGAGGAGUUACUUUACGCAGUUUUCGUUGUUUCAAGUGAAAAUGCAACUGUUGCGGAACUUGCCUCCACAUUACAGGCUGACCUCUUGCAGUUACAGUCUGCUGCAUCCUUUGCUUGUCGAUUGGGAUGGGCUGAGAAAAUAAUAGAUCCAGCAUCUGUUCUUCAGGAUGCUAAUGUCCAUGGAUCUCUUCUUCUUAGCGAUGAUGAAGAUGGUUCUCGGGCUAGUGUAGGGUCAGAGAACUUGUCAUUGGAUGGAGUCAGUGUUCAACAGGAUUAUUCAGGGUUAGAAAGCAGAGUAGCUUCAAAUCAUGCCCGUGUUGCAUUCAUUGUUGAUGCUAAUAUAACUUCAUACCUAAUGAUGGGGUCUGUGUCACCAGGCUUAAAAUCACAUGCUGUAACGCUCUACGAAGCAGGGAAGCUGGGUCACGCUAGUAUUGCAGAUCUUUGCAAGGAUUUGAGCACAUUAGAAGGAACCAAAUUUGAAGGUGAACUGCAGGAAUUUGCAAAUCAUUCAUCUAGCCUCCGUUGUGUUCUAGAAUGUCUGCUUUCUGGAGGAGUUUCUGAGAGUACCGGAGAUACAGAAAUUGGUCAUAAGGUGGACACUGUAUCCUCGCAUAGCAAUAAUGAUGCCUCUGUGGAAGUUGAGACGAGCUUGACUCAAAUCGAUGGUGGUCUUAAUGGUGAUGAGUUCAUCACUUCAGAAACUCGGGAUAAUAUUUCAGAAACAGAAUCUUCGGAAAUAGAUGUCCCCAUAAACUCAAUCUCUAGAGUCAGCUCUGGUAACACCAAAAUUGUCAGUGAAGAUCAUGACAACGUUCUGUCUUCUACAGUCUUCUCUAAUGAUAUGGAUGAUUCACGUGAGCAGCCUAGGUUGGAGCCUAUUUCAGAGGAUAAUGAGUUUUCAGCCCUGGAAAGUGGUGCUACUAGAAGAAAAAGGAGUUAUCGUUUGGAUCUUCUCCGUUGUGAAAGUUUGGCCACCCUUUCACCUGCGACAUUAGAUAGAUUGUUCCAUCGAGACUAUGAUAUUGUCUUAUCAAUGAUUCCUCUACCCCCAUCGUCUAUUUUACCCGGGAAAACAGGCCCUGUACACUUUGGGCCCCCCUCACAUUCAUCCAUGACACCUUGGAUGAAACUAGUGCUAUAUUCAGCUGUUGGCAGUGGACCUUUGUCUGUUGUUUUAAUGAAGGGCCAAUAUUUACGUUUACUUCCUGCACCCCUGGCUGGCUGUGAGAAAGCCCUUUUAUGGUCAUGGGAUGGAUCUACAGUUGGAGGAGUGGGAGGCAAAUUCGAAGGGAGUUUAGUGAAAGGAACUAUUCUUCUACAUUGUCUUAAUUCACUUCUUAGACAUUCUGCUGUACUUGUGCAGCCUCUCAGCAAGUAUGACCUUGAUCGAUCUGGGAAAGUUGUUACAAUUGAUAUCCCACUGCCAUUGAAGAAUUCAGAUGGUUCACUUGUGCAUGUAGGAGAAGAGUUGGGGUUAGGCAUUGAGGAAAGCACAAGAUUGGGGUCGCUAAUUAGAAACAUAGUGGAUAGAAUUGAUUUGUGGACCAUAGGUUAUAUCCGCUUAUUAAGACUUUUUAUAGAGACAGAUUCAGAUCAGCUUUCACCUGAUGAUGAGAGAUACGAAUGGGUCCCACUUAGUGUAGAAUUCGGUGUUCCUCUAUUUAGUCCAAAACUAUGCAAGAGUAUGUGCAAAAGAGUAACCUCUUCCCAGUUGCUUCAGACAGAGUCCUUUGAUGAGCACCAUGAAGCAAUGCAAGGGUUAAGGAAAAGGUUAUGUUAUGUCUGUGCAGAAUACAGUGCCACGGGUCCCGCUGCAAAGCUUUUGUAUCAGAAAGAGAAACCAAAGGAUACGUCUCGACAACUCAUGACCUAUGCGAGUGGAAGAUGGAAUCCUCUUGCAGAACCAUCUUCUCCCAUUUCUGGAGCCACUGAGUAUCAGAGGAAAAAACUUACGUCAAGGCAGCGUUCACGAAGGGAAGUUCUUAGUUUUGAUGGGAGCAUUCUUAGAUCAUAUGCUUUGUCUCCAGUUUACGAGGCUGCGACAAGGCCUAUUGAAGAAUCAAAUCCAACAACCGCGUCAAAAGCUGAAUCUGAUGAUUCUGACAGCAAAGAUGUGAUCCUGCCAGGUGUAAGUCUCCUAUUUGAUGGAGAAGAGCUUGAACCUUUUGAGAUCGGUGCUUGUCUCCAGGCUCGCCAACCAAUUUCUUUAAUUGCAGAGGCCUCAUCAGCAACCUCUGCUCUAGCAGCUAAAUAAGCUUCAUAGCUCUAGGCUUCUGUCAGCGUUUUGGAGAUCAUAGCAUCAGUAAAUUGCAUUGCUUACCAGUUACCAUAUAUUGCUCCCCCUUCAUGAAUCAGCUCUGCUUAUUUCUUCUCCUCUUCAGCCUGGAGGGCAAUUAAUCUUUUGUCUGCAUGACCUUAAGGUGAAUCUGGUGGCCUGUUCUUUGUGCAUGUGGUUGAAGUAAACUGUAAAUGAUGUGAUAGCACUACAAACAGAUUAUUUCAUCCAAAAAAAAGAGUUCCAGUAGUUAAUGACAUUGUUAGUGUUUGGGAUUAUAGUAGAAAUGAUUUUUUUUUAUUCUCCAAAUUAAGUUUUGAUUAUUCUUUUUGGCUUGUAGUAUAUAGAAAGGUAAUACCGUAAUAUGGCUUAUUGUUCAAGCCUUUUGUGCUCUAGAUUCAUAUCAUUUGUUGUAGGUAGCGAGGGGUGUACUAGGUUUUUUUUAUCGUAAGGGAAAAGGAAAAGAAACAUCGAGGAGAAUACAAUGUAAUAAGCAUCGAGAAAAUACGGAGUAGUGUUCAAAUGAAAUCAAAUUUUGAAAUUUGAUACUUCAC